AUGAUGGCACAAUUGAUAAGUCAAGCAAGCCCAUUUCAAACAUUACCAAUGAUGAAUCUUUUAGAAAAAUCUUUUAAUAACGUUUCGGAUAAUGAUAAAGUAUGGUUCAUGGCUUCAAAUCCUUUAACUUCAGGUGCAUUUAUUUUAAUAUCUGGUAAAUUUGGUGACUUGUAUGGGUUGAAAUUAGUCUUUAAUAUAGGUAUAUGUUGGUGUUCCCUUUGGUCAUUACUAGUUGGAUUAUCAAGUUAUACUCAUUCAGUUAUAUUUUUUUGUAUUUGUCGUGCUAUGCAAGGUAUAGGAUUAGCUUUAAUUUUAUCAAAUGCUAUUGGUAUUGCUGGUAAUUUAUAUCCAAAUGGUCAAAGAAAAGCCAUAGUAUUUUGUCUCAUUGCUGCUUUUGCACCUAUUGGAGCUGCCUUAGGUACUUUAUUUGGAGGCUUAACAGCGCAAUUUGGAGUCUGGCAAUGGAGUUUCUACUCAACUGCUAUUCUCUUAUUUUUAAUGGCUGUUAUAUCACAUUUUGUUAUACCUUAUGUUGAACCUUUACAUAAAUCUCCAAAUAUGGAUUGGUGGGGAGCUAUAACAGGUGUCUGUGGAUUAAUAUUACUCAGCUUUGCAUGGAAUCAAGCACCAGAAGCAGGAUGGAGUAGUCCAUAUAUCAUUGUAAUAUUGAUACUUGGAUUGAUUUCAUUAGCUGUGUUUUUUUAUAUUGAAAAAUGGAUUGCUUCUUCACCACUAUUACCAAAUGAAAUCAUGAAUUUUAAUUUACUUAUGGUUUUAUCAAUCACAGCUUUAGGAUGGGGAAGUUUUUCUGUAUGGACUUAUUAUUAUUGGUCUUUCAUCUUGAACUUGAAGCAUUUCAAUCCAUUGAUAAGUGGUACAACGUACGUUACUUUUCUAGUUUUUGGUGUGAUUGCUUGUCUUGUUGUUUCAUUAUUAAUAAAGAGAGUCCAACCAUCAUACUUAUUGUUAGCUGCAAUGAUUUGUUUCGUUGUUGGUUUAACUAUGUUAUCAGUCACACCUGUUAAUCAAUCAUAUUUUAAGAUGCUAUUCCCCCAGAUAAUUCUUCUGAGCUUUGGUGUGGAUAUGUCAUUUCCUGCUGCUUUAAUAAUAUUAUCAGAUUCAUUACCUAAAAAGCACCAAGGGAUGUCCAGUUCACUCGUUACGACAAUGGUAAACUAUGAAAUGUCAAUAGCAUUAGGUAUUGCUAGUUCAGCUGAAGUUGAAAUAAAAACCAAAACUGGUGAGUUACUGAAAGCUUAUAGAGCUGCUUUAUAUGUUGGUAUUGGAUUAGCUGCCAUAUCCGUCAUAUUCUCUGUUGUGUUUGUUGUAUCCUCUAAGAUCUGGCCAAUUGAUACAACUGAAGAUGAACAUUUUGAUGAUUUCAAAUCGAAGGUGAAUAUAGAUGCUAAGAAUUACAAUGAUGGUGCUGUUUAG